UGCUGUUCGUUUUCUGACACUCACCUUCCGUCCCUCAUCCUCUCUCUCUCUCUCUCUUAAAUCGGGUCUGACCGAAUCGACGACCGGCACCCAUCGCGCCGGUAACGAGCUGCCGCCGAACGCCGCCCGUUUAUGGUUUUUGCUUCAUUUGCUGCGUUGAAGUCAAAGUGAGUAAUUAGUUCUUGGUAGAAGCAAUGAAUUGGAUUCAACGUAAAAUCUACCUUUAUAAUGUCACCUUUGGGCUCUACAUGUUGGAUUGGUGGGAACGCUAUUUGUUCAAUACUCUGGUAAUUGUCUUGCUGUGGUUCAUGCUUUACAACACUUCACGUUAUGUAACUACGCUCUGCAAAAGCAUGUAUGGCGAAGCGCAUGAAUUUGAGGGAGCUAAAUGGGCGUGGCAGUUUGACAGAAGUGAUCGACACCAUAGGACAUGAUGCUCUCUGUUUCAUACUUAGGCUUGGGAACUAUUUUGGUGAAGUGCGCAUGUGUCUCAUGCACCUAUCUAGCAAGAAUUUUGUAAUUGCGGUCUGGUCGUCAACGUUUUAUCGGAUCGGGACCAAUAGCUGGCAUGUGAAGUUUAAAUGAUCUGCAUUACCCGCAAGACAUUUUCACGGCUAGUCUCGGAUGCCUUGCCUUGUCCUUUCCUCAAGUAUUGUUAUUCUUUUCGUACUUUUACCUUGACUAUUCUUUGUGUACCACUACUACUUUCAAACAAGCUUGGAAUAUUGACAUUUUGAAA